AUGGCAUGUGGAAUACCGCACUCCUCCGUGUGCGUAAAAUGGCGCUUUGGCUGCGAACGGAAUUGGAAGCUUCUGUUGUUCUUUUUUUAUCUCAACCAUUUGGUGAGCGGACAUAUCCGAUAUUCACUCCCGGAGGAGAUGAAGAAAGGCUCCCUCAUCGGUAAUGUAGCUCAGGACCUUGGUUUGGAUCCGAAAAGGCUCCGUUCUGGUCGGGCCCGUAUCGUGACCGGAGAGAGCAUCCAGUACACCGAGCUGAAGACAGACAAAGGGAUUUUAAUAGUGAAGGAGAGAAUAGACCGCGAGCAGCUUUGCGGAGACGUAACGCCGUGUAGUUUCAGCUUUGAGGUGAUUUUGGAAAACCCGAUGGAGUUACAUCAAAUUACAGUUGAAAUAACAGACAUAAAUGAUCAUUCCCCCACGUUCAAAAGAGACACAAUUAAUUUUGAAAUAAGUGAAUCAGCAAAUACUGGCGGUCGUUUUCCUUUAACAAGUGCAGAAGACCGAGAUGUGGGCAUCAAUGGACUCAGAGAAUAUGUUCUAACUGAGAAUGAUAACUUUAUAUUGAAACAAAACUCUAAUGCAGAUGGAAAGAAAUAUGCAGAGAUGGUGCUUCAGAAGCCAUUAGACAGAGAGACAAACCCACAUCUGUCUCUAAAGCUAAUUGCUGUAGAUGGUGGAAGUCCGCAGAGAUCUGGUACAGUCAAUAUAGAUAUUACUGUACUUGAUGCCAAUGAUAAUGCACCUCUAUUUAAUCAAUCUGUGUACAAAGCUGCGGUCAUUGAAAACUCUCCUAGGGAUACUUACGUCACCACUGUUAAUGCGAGUGAUGCAGAUUUUGGCUCAAAUAGUAUCGUUACAUAUUAUUUUUCAGAUCUCAACAGUGGUAUAAACAAUGUAUUUACAGUCGAUGAAAAAACGGGUGUAAUUUUAAUCACAGGUUUAAUUGAUUAUGAAAAAGACAAAAAAUACGAACUUAGAAUCGAGGCAAAAGAUCAGGGAGGUUUAACAGAUUCAAGCAAAGUCAUAAUUGAAGUAACUGAUGUAAAUGACAACUCCCCUACGAUAAGUGUGAUGUCAUUCACUAGUCCUGUGUCAGAAGACUCUCCUCCUGGUACAACUAUUGGCAUUAUAAACGUAAAAGACCUUGAUUCAGGUGAUAAUGGACAAAUACAUUGCAGAAUAGAACAAAAUGCACCUUUCAAGAUUAAAUCUAAUUUAAGAAAUUACUACACUUUGGUAACAGAUACUGUCUUAGACCGUGAAACUGUUUCAGAGUACAACAUCACUGUUGUAGCGACAGAUUCAGGAAUGUCUCCUCUCUCAACCAAACAAACCUUUUAUUUAAAGAUCUCUGAUGUGAACGAUAAUGCUCCACUAUUUUCAGAAAGUGUUUACAAUGCGUUUAUUUUAGAGAAUAACUCUCCAGGACUUUCCCUUCAUACUGUGAGGGCUAAAGACCCGGAUGAAAACCAAAAUGCCCGUGUAUCCUAUAUUUUGGAAGACACUUAUAUCGGUGGGUCUCGAAUUUCUGAAUAUAUCUCUAUAAAUGCAGAAAGUGGAGUGAUUCAUGCAGUGCGCUCGUUUGAUUAUGAGCAAAUCAAACAGCUGCUUUUCGUUGUCAGAGCGCAGGAUGGAGGCUCCCCUCCACUCAGUAGCAACGUGACUGUGAAAUUACUGAUCCAGGACAGGAAUGACAACACUCCUCAGGUGCUGUACCCAGUCCAGAUUGGUGGCUCUCUGGUGGCUGAACUGGUGCCUCGCUCAGCAGAUGUGGGCUAUCUGGUCACUAAAGUGGUGGCUGUGGAUAUGGACUCUGGACAGAAUGCCUGGCUCUCCUAUAAACUGCAGAAAGCCACAGACAGGGCGCUGUUUGAAGUGGGCUUACAGAAUGGAGAAAUAAGAACUAUCCGCCAAGUCACUGAUAAAGAUGCUGUGAAACAAAGACUGACUGUUAUCGUGGAGGACAACGGGCAGCCCUCUCGUUCAGCUACAGUCAUUGUUAACGUGGCGGUGGCGGACAGCUUCCCUGAAGUGCUGUCUGAGUUCACUGACUUUACACAAGACAAGGAAUACAACGACAACCUGACGUUCUACUUAGUGCUGGCUUUGGCUGUAGUUUCCUUCCUCUUCAUCACGUGUUUAGUGGUGAUUAUAUCAGUGAAGAUCUACAGGUGGAGACAGUCUCGCGUCAUGUAUCACUCCAACCUCCCCGUGAUUCCGUAUUAUCCACCACGUUACUCAGACACUCUGGGGACAGGGACUCUCCAACACGUGUACAACUACGAGGUGUGCAGGACCACUGACUCCAGAAAGAGUGACUGUAAGAUGGGCGGAGCCGGUAGUCAGAACGUGCUGAUAAUGGACCCCAGUUCUACAGGCACGAUGCAGCGGAUACAGAGUGAGAAGAACAUCCUGGAUGAACCAGACUCUCCUCUAGAGGUGAGGAAGAAAACACUAUGUUUACUCUUAAUGUAUUGCUUCUCUUAGUUGAAAUUGCAAAACUUGUUACAGUCCUGCAACUUUGAA